AUGGGGAUAUGCCAAACUGUUGGCGGCGCCGCCACGAGCGGGCGCGGACUAACCGGGCGCCAAGUUGCUGGCGCAUUAGCAGCAACAGCUGCUGCCCAACUGCAAAGUCACCGCGACCGUCUGAAAGCGGGGAAUGGAGACACCGGAAUAGUGAGGCGGAGCGUUAGUGGGGUGAAACAGUCACUUGCCCAAAUCGAUGAGUCGAAGUAUAACGAAACACGUGUGCUGCGAUUUAAUGUACCGAACAACGAGGGUAACCAGGAGGAGGUGAUUGUGCACGAAUACGCCCCAGAGGUGUUUCGCUUUCUUAGACAGCUUGACGGCCUCGAUGAAGACGUGUUCGCCGAUGAGUGGACGCUGCCGGAAGAGCGGCUGCGAUUAGAACUAGGUGAGGGACGCUCGAUGGCGCUCUUCCUCAAGUCCAAGUCGAUGGAUCUUAUGUGUAAGACGAUCGCCGAGGCAGAGGUGAAUGUCCUGCUCGGGUUUCUCCAGAAGUAUACAGAGCACCUCGCACAUAACGUCGACACGCUGCUGAUGCGCUUUUCGAUGCUUCUUCGUGUGGAGGCUGGGAAGGAGGUUGGCUUCAUUCUGUGCUUCGACGAUGUGUUCGGCUCCUGCCACACGCUUAACGAGAAGUGGGACCUCAAGGGGCGCAUGCCGAAACCAGGCAAGUACCAACACUUUCUAAAACUUAUUCGCCACCCGUACGAACCCAACCCAUAUAUCAUAGACACACCACGCGAGACCAUCGCUGUGCCGGGGUUCUUUGAGUCUAUGCAGGACCGCGUUGUCGUUGUGGAGGCCGCUGACAAGGACAAGCUGGCAACGCGGAAAGACAAGGACCUCACGCGUCUCUUCUGGUUGGAAAGGGAGAAGAGGAAUCAGCUGCUUGAAAUACUUGUGCAUGACUAUGAGUUCCUGGGUUCUGUGGGGCUUAUGGAUUACUCCCUUCUUAUCGGUGUUGCGUACAAUGAGAAGAAGGUGACGCGCUCUGGCAAGCACAUAUGGAGCAUGCGCAUGACAUACCCAAUAGGCAGCGAGGGGGCAGCGGACGCGAAGGAGAUUCGCCCAUCGCCACUUCAGCGCUCCUCCAAGAUGCACAAGUUUGCUGCUGGCGUUAGCAGUCUCUACGACCAAGAGGUGUAUUACAUCGGCAUCAUCGAUAUGUUGACACUGUACACGUGGAAGAAGAAGACGGCGAAUUUCUGCAAGUCCCUCCUAUGGAAGGCCAAAACUCUCUCUACUGUCCCGCCUCUUAAAUACCGUGAUCGUAUUAUUCGUUACACCCGAAAAAUAUUUCCCGGCGUAGAAAUUAGAGACGCCGGCUACAAUCCCUGA